GUUUUCCAUGCCCUUGUACAUACAGUGGUAAAACGCUCCGCUAACCGUCUAGGUCCCGUACUCUACUAAUUGUCAUGUCGACGCGGCACGGUCGAAAGGUUGGCACAAUGAUAGAGCAAAUAUAGAACUUCCCCACAAACCACUGUGCCCGCGAAUUUUACGUUCUUCUCCGUAAGUCCUUUCGAGAUUGUUUGUUAACCGUCAUGGUCGCCGCCGACCCAAUGCAGCAGGAAUGGCCAAAUCAGCGGCUGAAGAUCCUCGUUCCAUGCUUUAUUCUUUUGACCAUCAGCACGAUGUGUGUCAUAUGGAGAAUUGUGUAUGGAAUCUUGCAAAAGCGCAGACUUAUGGUUUGCGAUUACUUAUUGAUCGUUGCUACUUUUCUCAACAUCGUUGCGACGAGCAUCAAUAAGGGCAUGGUCGAUGCAGCGCUUGGGCGUCACAUAAACGACCCUUCAAUAAGUCCUGAAGAUAUAUUGCGUUACCUCUAUUGUCUCUGGAUUGUAUCAAUCGUCAACUUGAUCGGUGUUGCAUUUCUCAAGUGGUCCAUCUGCUCAUGGCUUCUGGUUCUUAAUUUCUCCAAGACGUACGAGAUCAUCGUUUGGAUUUCCAUUAUCAUGGUCACAGUGUUGAAUUUCAUUGUCCCAACCAUUGGGAACUUCCGCUGCAUUCCCCUACGAGCAAACUGGGACUUCAGGUUUCAAGGAGAUAAAAAGUGUUUCGCUGAGCUAGCCCCGCUAGGAUUGAUAUAUACGCAAGGCAUCUCCAGCAUCUUGACAGACGUGGUCUAUAUGGCGGCGCCACUAAUUUACCUUUCCAGAGUGCAGUUGACCAGGCGCACGCAAUGGGGAAUCCGUACCAUGUUUCUAUUAAGUAUUCCCGCCACUAUCUGCUCCAUAUUCAAGACCAUUGAGCUCAAAUCUGUUGGCACAACAAGAGAUCCUACGUGGGACGCCGUAAAUUUGGACAUAUGGAGUCAAGUCGAACUGUCAAGCGGCAUUCUCAUUGCCUCACUGCCUCCACUUCGCAAAGCAUUCGACGGUCUAUUCCAGCGUAUUUUUCCUUCCGUUAUGCGCUCCACCCAUCAGUCAUCUCAACUGGGAUAUGGCCGCUCGGAUCAUGGCAAUCACAUUCGGUUGAACGAUAUGCAAAGCCGGAAAACUACGAAGAGUGGACAUACACAUGAGUCAAUCUUGGACAGGGACGAUGAGAGCGAACGGGCAAUCUUGGAAGACGAAGAAGAAAAGCGUAUAGGCAUUGUAAAAACUACAAAAGUUACGAUUACCGCAGAGAGUGAAGAGACAAGUCGGGACUCGCAGGGGUCAUACAAACAAAGUAGUGAUUGGGCAACGUCGAGCCAGUCCAAAAAGAGUUUUCAACGACCCAGAUCGGAUUGAAAUGCUGUCAUUCAUUACUUGGUUUAGGUUCAUCUAUACGAAAUCUCUACCAAUUGAUAUCCUGAACUUUAC